CUGUGGGUUCGCCGGGUCCAGGUCGUUGUAUCGUAAUUUAGACAGCGUGUGUGUGGCCGGUCGUUCGCGGAGGAAUUUCCCCCGCUCGAGAGCACUCUGGAGUGUGAGAGAGACGCGGGAAGGCGUGACUGCGGGAAAUUUAUCGUCCUAACCGUUAUUUUACCUCACCUCACAGCUGCUGCUUUUAAUAAGUUUGGAUACCUACUGUAAAUUGUUUAUUCAUCUCGUUCCACUACAAUGGGGAUCUAAACCGAAUUUUACGAGCAGGUGGGAGUGGAACUUAGAGUGGAGAAAGAGGUGCAGAGACUGACUGAUAGCUGGAAAGAAGCAAACUAGAACAGACAGCAGCAAGAGAGAAGCGUAGAAGAGGAGGAACACAGCAUGAAUGUAGCAUGGAGGUGAAGGAGCGUCGGCCUUACUGCUCUCUCUCUCGGAGCAGGAGAGAACGAGGGAGAGACUGGGAGAGGGAAGGAGACAGAGAGGAGGGGGAGGGCUACAGGGAGGGUCCCGGCAACCGCCGUCACACCGGCUCAUCCUCCGUCCUUACCCAGAAGUCUUAUAGCUCCAGUGAGACGCUGAAGGCCUUUGAUCAACAUCCAUCCACCCAGGGGCUUUAUGGGCAUCGCAUGCCAGACAUGGUGCCAAGGGACACUGAGGAAUACAGAGCUCCAGGCCAGAGUCUGUCACUGAGACAGCUUGGGAUAUGUGGCCCUGCUCCUCGCCGUGGUCUGAGCUUCUGCGCUGAGACUGGGCUCAGUCAUCAUACACAGCUCAGCGGAGCAGACCAAAUCCAGAACGCAGGGGGCAUAUCUCCUGACUGCGCCAUGCUAUGGGUUAAGACACACGGACGGGAAGCACAGCUGUCCAGCCGGUCCAACUCUGCUUUAACACUCACAGACACAGAGCAGGACAACAAAUCGGAUCAGGAGAAUGACCAGCUUCCCAGCCAAGCAGGACCUCCUUCUCUGCCACCUGCUCCACAUCAACACAAGCAGCAUCCAUCAGUCACCUCCCUCAACCAGUCACUGGCCAAUCAGCCGACAGAGCUUCAGAGCGCAUCUGAAUGCGUGCAGCUGCAAGAAAACUGGGUUCUGGGUGGCAACGUGGGCUUGGAGAACAGGCACUUCCUGCUUAAGACUGGAACAGGCACCACGUCUCUCUUCACAGCUCCCAAUCCCGGUUACACUAUGGCGACCGGGGCUGUCUACUCUCCACCAGCCCGUCCCUUAACCCGUAACACACUAUCAAGAGGUGCAUUCAAAUUUAACAAGUCACCUAAACGGUGUUCAUGGAAAUGCACCGCUCUCAGUGCUGUAGGCGUGGCCACCCUGCUGUCAGUUCUGCUCUGCUACUGUAUAGCCAUGCAUGUACUUGGCCUGAACUGGAAACUGAAGGAUGUGGAUAAUCACGCCUUUGAGAAUGGACAAGCCAAACCAGUGACGUUCCCGACCAACACUGUGACUGCAAUUUCAGCAGAUGGAAGGGUAGGAGUGAUGCUGCAGUAUAACUCCACGUUGGACACAGGGCAGGUGGAGUUGGGUCAGCAGGUAGCACAUGCCGUUCCACCAGGAGUUUUCUGGAGGUCCAGACUUCUCAUUGAACAACCCCACUUUCUCAAGUUUAAUAUUUCCAUUCAGAAAAAUGCCCUGAUUGGAGUCUAUGGGAGGAGGGGACUUCCACCCUCACACACCCAGUACGACUUUGUGGAGCUUCUAGAUGGCAGUAGGCUCAUCUCACGAGAGCGUGUUCAGUUGGAUCCGGAGCUCAGGGACCGACUGGAGAAUCCGGUUAGCGUUCAGCAGGCAGGCUUUAUUCAGUACCUGCAUACCAGUGUGUGGCACCUGGCCUUUUACAAUGAUGGCCGCACCGUAGAGCCUGUCUCAUACAGCACCAUAGUACUAGAGUCGGUGAUGGAAUGCCCACACAAUUGCUAUGGCAAUGGAGAAUGUGUCUCAGGCACAUGUAAUUGCUUCCCAGGAUUCCUUGGGCCAUAUUGCUCGAGAGCGGCAUGUCCAGUGCUGUGCAGCGGAAAUGGCCAGUACAACGUGGGGCGCUGUCAGUGCUACAGUGGAUGGAAAGGAAUUGAGUGUGAUGUGCCCAGUGGUCAAUGUAUGGACGCCCAGUGUGGGGGUCGUGGCUUGUGUGUUACAGGAUCCUGCAUAUGUAACCCUGGCUUCAAAGGUGACAACUGUGACCAAGUGGACUGUGUGGACUCAUCCUGUUCAGGCCAUGGCUCCUGUCUCCAUGGUCAGUGCCACUGUACCUCAGGCUGGACCGGAUCGAACUGUGAGACACAUCUCUCUAUGUGUCCAGAACACUGCACUGGCCACGGUACAUUCCAGAGUGAGACCAACUCCUGCAUCUGUGAUGUCAACUGGACUGGUCCUGACUGCUCUACAGAAAUGUGUGCAACGGAUUGCAGUCCUCACGGCGUGUGUGUUGGAGGUGUGUGUCGGUGUGCGGACGGCUGGUCAGGGGCAGGGUGUGAACAGGAGGAGUGUCAGGCACACUGUGGGGAGCACGGUGUGUGUCGAAAGGGGAAGUGUGAGUGUCACCAAGGUUGGACGGGAGAAAACUGCAAUAUCGCUCACUUUUUGGACAGCAAAAUAAAAGCAGACUGGAUAGGAUAUAGAGAUAGCUGUCCAGGGCUGUGUAACAACAACGGCAGGUGCAUUUUGGACCAGAACGGAUGGCACUGCCUCUGCCAGUCGGGAUGGAGAGGGGUGGGGUGUGAUGUCGCCAUGGAAACCCUUUGCUCUGAUGGCAAGGACAACGAGGGAGAUGGCUUGGUGGACUGUAUGGACCCAGACUGUUGCAUUCACAGCACCUGUCAGGGUCAGACAUAUUGCCGCGGGGCUCCAGAUCCCAGCGCAAUGCAAUACCUCAGCUCACCUGCUCCAGACGCUCAGGGCUUCUAUCAGCGCGUCAGCUUUCUGGUAGUUCCGGGAGGCACACAUACCCUACCAGAGGAAAACACAUUCAACAGCAGCUUGGUGUCCGUAGUGCGAGGACAGGUGGUGACUAGUGACGGCACUCCACUGAUUGGGGUGAAUGUGUCCCUUCUGCAUUACCCCCAGCAGGGUUAUACCAUCACCAGACAGGAUGGCAUGUUUGAUUUAUUGGUGAACGGAGGCACAGCACUGACAUUGCGUUUCGUGCGUGCUCCAUACUCCGCUGUGUAUCGCACGGUGUGGUUGUCAUGGAGAGUUUUCCAUGUGAGUGAUUUAGACUUGAUUUACUUGAGCUCACGUGCUUCAGCCUACAAACCUGUUCUGAAGGUCAUCUUGACCCAGUCCAGUGUGCCCUUCGGCUUGGCUCGGGUCCACCUCAUGGUGGCUGUGGAGGGCAGAAUGUUUCAGAAGCAGUUCCCAGCUUCACCCCGGCUCUCUUACAGCUUUAUCUGGGACAAGACAGAUGCGUACAGCCAGAGAGUCUAUGGACUCGCAGAGGCUGUAGUAUCCGUGGGCUUUGAGUAUGAAUCAUGCCUGAAUGUGAUCCUGUGGGAAAAGCGGACAGCCACGCUGCAAGGAUAUGAGCUGGAGGCCUCCAACAUGGGCGGAUGGACCCUGGAUAAGCAUCACAUCUUGGAUGUGCCAAACGGGAUCCUGUAUAAGGGAAAUGGUGAGAAUGUCUUCCUCUCCCAGCUUCCUCCCAUCAUCAGCACCAUAAUGGGGAAUGGCAGACGCAGAAGCAUCUCCUGCCCAAGCUGUAAUGGGCAGGCGGAGGGAAACAAACUGCUGGCACCUGUUGCUCUUGCAAGGGGCAUUGAUGGGAGCCUGUAUGUUGGCGACUUCAAUUACAUCAGACGCAUCUAUCCGUCAGGCAAUGUCACCAGUGUCAUGGAGCUCAGAAAUAAGGAUUUCAGGCACAGUAACAAUCCCGCUCACCGCUACUACCUGACAACGGAUCCCAUGACGGGGCGGCUGUAUGUGUCCGACACCAACUCCAGACGCAUCUACAGCCCGCAGGUGCUCCUGGCCAGCUCAGAGCCCCAGCAAAAUGUGGAGGUGGUGGCGGGAACAGGAGAUCACUGUCUUCCUUUUGAUGAAACUCAGUGUGGAGAUGGAGGACCAGCCACUGAGGCUCUCCUCACAGGACCCAAAGGGAUCGCCGUCGCCAAGAACGGACUGAUCUACUUUGUGGAUGGGACCGUAAUCCGGAAGGUGGAGCAGAAUGGCAUCAUCUCCACCUUACUGGGGUCCAAUGACCUUGCCUCUGCUCGACCUCUGAGCUGCGACUCAGUUAUGGAUGUCCAUCAGGUGUCUUUAGAAUGGCCAACAGAUCUGGCUGUUAGUCCGAUGGAUAACUCAUUGUUUGUGCUGGAUGGCAGUGUGGUUUUGCGGAUCACUGAGGAGGGGCAGGUCAGUGUGGCAGCAGGCAGACCCCUUCACUGCCCCAUGCCUUCUACAGACAUCUCGGUGACAGAAACACAGCGAGCCACGCAUACCCAUCUGGAAUCCCCAAGCACCAUCACUGUCUCCUUCAAUGGAGUGCUGCACAUCGCGGAGACAGACGAGAGGAAGAUGAGCCGCAUACGCAGCGUGGCAGCAGAUGGCGAGAUCACUCACCUGGCGGGGACACCUUCAGAUUGCGACUGCAAGACCGACGUCAACUGUGAUUGUUACCUAACAGGAGAUGGCUUCGCUAAAGACGCUCGGCUGAAUGGGCCGUCCUCUCUCGUGGCAGCUCCGGAUGGAACCCUGUAUGUAGCCGACCUGGGAAACAUUCGCAUUCGAGUGAUUGGAAAAAACAAGCCUGCACUUAACAGCAUGGGCUUGUAUGAAGUGGCAUCGUCCGCGGAGCAGGAAGUAUACAUGUUUGACAGUAAUGGCACACACCAGCACACAGCCAACCUGAUCACUGGUGACUUCAAAUACAACUUCAGCUAUAGCAAUGAAGGAGAUCUGACCUCAGUGGCUGACAGUUAUGGGAACACGCUACGGAUUCGCCGGGAUGCCAGCCGCCUUCCUGUCCGCAUCGUUGCACCUGACAACCAGGUUAUUUGGCUAACUGUAGGCUCAAGUGGUGGGCUGAAGACCCUUGGCACACAGGGGCGUGAACAGGUGCUGCUAACUUACCAUGGCAACAGUGGUCUCCUGGCAACCAAGACCACUGCCAAUGGAUGGACAACAUUCUAUGACUAUGACACAGAGGGACGACUGACCAAUGUAACUUUUCCUACUGGUGUGGUGACCAGUCUGGCCUAUGACAUGGAUACUGUCUCUACAGUAGAAAGAGAAAGUUUUGAACGAGAUGAAGCUGCAAUCAUAACUACAAACCAGUCAGCAAUUCAAAAAGUCCUCAUGUUACACCAAGAUCAGCUGAAGAACAACUAUGUGAUUGGUUAUGACCAUUCCUUGUGGAUUCUGUAUGCCAAUGGAAUGAACACUCACUACCAGACGGAACCACACAUUCUGGCUGGUGCAUCCACCCCUACGCUGGCACGAAGAAACAUGACCCUACCUGAUGACAGCGGGCAAAACUUGGUUGAAUGGCGCUUUCGUAAAGAGCAGACGAGGACGAAGGUCACAGUGUUUGGACGCAAGUUACGAGUAAAUGGACGGAACAUUUUGUCUGUUGAUUAUGACCGAGCGCUGAGGAUUGAAAAGAUCUAUGAUGAUCACCGUAAAUUCCUUCUGAAGAUUGGUUAUGACACAGCAGGUCAGCCCACUCUCUGGAUGCCAAGUAGCAAGCUGCUGCCCGUCAACCUCACUCGCAAUAGCAAUGGGCAGUUGAGUGCCAUACACUGGGGCUCUGUCUCAGAGAGGGCGGAGUAUGAUGGACAAGGCCGUCUGCUUUCCAGAACAUUUCCUGAUGGGAAGACCUGGAGCUACACUUACCUGGAGAAGUCCACUGUCCUGAUCCUGGCGAGUCAGCGGCAGUAUGUCUUUGAAUAUGACCCUCAGGGAGGCCUUUCUGCAGUCACUAUGCCUAGUGUGGCACGAUACACUAUGGAGACCAUACGCUCUGUGUCUUACUACCGCAAUCUUUACCAUAUGCCUGAGAGCAACGCUUCCGUCACUGUAGACUACAGUGAGGAUGGGAGGCUCCUGAGAGUGGCACAGCUGGGCACGGGACGGAGAGUCCUUUACCAGUACCGCUGGCACAACAAACUCUCGGAGGUUCUGUACGACAGCACUCGUGUCAGCUUCACCUACGAUGAGACGGCAGGUGUGCUGAAGACGGUCAAUCUGCAAAGUGAGGGUUUUAUAUGCACCAUUAGAUACAGGCAGCUCGGCCCACUGGUAGACCGGCAGAUCUACCGCUUCAGCGAGGACGGGAUGGUAAACGCUCGCUUCGACUACGCUUACGACAGUAGUCUGCGUGUGACGAGUAUUCAGGGGGUCAUCAAUGAAACCCCACUGCCUAUUGACAUUUAUCAGUAUGAUGACAUCUCAGGGAAGGUGGAGCAGUUCGGCAAAUUUGGCGUCAUCUAUUAUGACAUCAACCAGAUCAUCUCUACCUCUGUCAUGACUUACACCAAGCACUUUGAUGGGCACGGUCGGGUUCGAGAGAUUCAGUAUGAGCUCUUCCGGGCUCUGCUCUUCUGGAUCACGGUCCAGUAUGACGAUAUGGGCCGAGUAACCAAGCGGGAGAUGAAGAUUGGCUCGUUUGCUAAUGCUACCAAGUACAGUUAUGAAUAUGACGUGGACGGGCAGUUGCAGACCGUCUACCUUAAUGAGAAAAUGACAUGGCGCUACAGCUAUGACUUAAACGGGAACAUACACCUGCUGAGUCCAGCAAACAGUGCACGAAUCAUGCCCCUCCGUUAUGACCUACGAGACCGUAUAACUCGUCUUGGAGAUCUCCAGUACGAGUUGGACGAAGAUGGGUUUCUUCGCCAGAGAGGCUCGGAGAUCUUCCAAUACAAUUCCAAUGGCCACCUAAAACAUGUCUACAGUAAAUCCAGCGGCUGGUCCGUCCAGUACCGUUACGAUGGUUUGGGAAGAAGAGUCUCCACAAAGUCCAGCAUGGGACAACAUCUGCAGUUCUUCUAUGCUGACCUGAGCUACCCAAGCAGGAUAACACAUGUCUACAACCAUUCCAGCUCACAGAUUACCUCUCUAUACUAUGACCUGCAGGGACACUUGUUUGCAAUGGAGAUCAGCAGUGGAGCAGAGUUCUACAUAGCCUGUGAUAACAUAGGAACACCACUGGCUGUCUUUGCCAGUGAUGGCACCCUCCUCAAGCAGGUUCAUUAUACAGCCUACGGCGAGGUCUGCUCGGACUCCAAUCCUGACAUCCAGUUGGUGAUUGGGUUUCAUGGAGGACUUUAUGACCCUCUAACAAAACUGCUUCAUUUUGGAGUGAGGGAUUAUGACAUCAUGUCGGGUCGCUGGACUGCACCUGACUUCAUGCAGUGGAAGAAAAUCAGCAAGAACCCAGGCCCUUUCAAUCUCUACAUGUUCCGAAACAACAACCCAAUAAGUAAAGUGCAGAAAGUUAGAGACUACUUAACAGAUGUGAACAGCUGGCUGGUCACAUUUGGAUUCCAUCUCCAUAAUAGUAUCCCUGGUUUCCCUAUCCCCAUUUCUGAGAUGACACAAGCCUCUUAUGAACUGGCCAAAAGUCAAGUGUGGGAUGACCUGACAGCCAGCUUUGCAGUCCAGCAGCACGUCAUCCGACAAGCUGAAGCAUUUCUAACAUUUGGGGAUCUGCCACAGGUUGAGUUCGGCCAUAGCCAAAGGGCUGAUAAACCCUGGCUGUGGUUUGCCUCAAGCGAUUCAUUGAUAGGUCGCGGGAUCAUGCUGGCCCUUUACAAAGGUAUCGUGAUAACUCGCGCACUAAGCCUGGCUAAUGAGGAUUGCGUCAAGGUUGCCAACAUCCUCAAUGGCGCACUUUACUUGAAAGACUUGCACUUUAUUGUGGAUGGCAGAGACACGCACUUCUUUGUUAAAAUGAAUUCUCCUGAAGCAGACCUGGCAGCGCUGCGGCUUACUAGCGGACAGAAAGAACUUGAGAACGCGGUGAACGUGACGGUGUCGCAGUCCACAGCUGUGCUAGGUGGCCGCACCCGGCGCUUCGCAGAUGUGGAGUUUCAGAGGGGGGCUCUCACCCUGCACGUGCGCUACGGGGCGUCUCUGGAUGAGGAACGAGUGCGUGUUUUAGAGCUGGCCCGACAGAGGGCUCUCGCCAUCUCGUGGGCACAGGAGCAGCAGCGGGUCCGAAACGGAGAGGAAGGAUCCCGCCUAUGGACUGAGGGAGAGAGAAGGCAGCUUCUCAGCAGCGGACGAGUGCAAGGCUACGAUGGAUACUAUGUGUUGUCGGUAGAGCAGUAUCCUGAGCUAGCCGACAGCGUUAGCAACAUUCAGUUCCUCAGACAAAAUGAGAUUGGCAAAAGGUAGUGAACAGACCAUGAUUAGCCACUCUGUGCAAUUUGUAAUUGAAGAAAAAGUUAAGCGGACACGUUUAUUACCUUCUCAGUUUGUAAAAACGCUACUACUCUUAGUCUAAUAAGAAGAGAACUACAUAGGGGGAAAAAGAGCAUUAAAACAACGCUGUGCGUUGUGAAACAUUGUGCAUUCUCAAGACCUAUUUAAGGCCUUAACAAGGUUACAAUUGUGGAGCACAAUUAACUUAACAGCAUCAAGAGACAGGCCAGAUUAAUGAAGCUGUUGAUAUCUUUAUUUAACUAUUUAUUAUUCAUUUUUACAAGCACUAUUCAAUUAUGUCCCUAAAGAGAAAAAUGGCAUACCUUUUGGAAAAUGAAAAAAGUUUACAUAUACAUAUCACUGUACCACUGCAAAAAUACCACGUGAUGUCAGGUGGUUUAUUGUAGCCAGCUAUACACUGUAAUAUUUUUAUAUUUAUUCAGAUUUGUCUCUUUUUCCUGUACAUUUCAUGAAUAUCAUAAUAGAAGAAGAAAAAAAUCAUGUUGUGCAAUGAAAACUCCCCUAAAAUGUGAUUUUAGGUGAUUGUGUUAU